AUGAAGUCGAAGUUGAGCCUUUUAUGGAUCAGAAAAAAGUCGAAGACGAAAAAAUUUUCACAGGUUAUGUCAGCGCUUACUCAGCAGGCUGAAAACUCUGCGUCACAGCAAAACAGGGCACGGGCUGAGCGACUAGCCGGAAGGGGGCGCGCGGUGGGGCGUCAUGGGCAAGGCGCGCGCGCUGGUUGGCUGGGCGGCGCCUCGUUUGGGCACGAAGAUACGGCGUUACCUGACGGUACGCGGGCGGUACCCAGGCGGUACCCCUCACCGCCCGCCCAAAGAGGGCAUCUGCCCCUCGCCCGUUUAAGCGUGGCUGAGCUAAGCGGCGCCUCCUGA